AUGAAUCUCCAAAACUGCUGCUGGUGUCGUCGUCCUGUGCCGGAUAAUUCCCCUGAGUUUCUCACCACUUCCGCUACACGCUAUUGUUCCGAAUCCUGUUUCACGCAGUCUCGUCGCGCGUCCUUCAAGAAGGCCAAAACCUGCGAUUGGUGUAAACACGUUCGCCAUGCCAUCAGCUACGUAGACUUUCAGGACGGUGCCUCACAGCUCCAAUUUUGCUCUGACAAAUGCCUCAACCAGUAUAAAAUGCAGAUUUUCUGCAAAGAGACACAGGCGCAUCUGGACAUGAAUCCUCAUCUUCGCGAGCAGGGUUUGGAAGCCGUGGCUUCCGGUAAUGGCACUGGCCUUAUAACGCCCGACUUGUGGCUUCGCAACUGCCGCAGUCGCUCCGCAUCACCGGCAUCUACACUCUCCGUCUCGCCAGGUCCACCGGGUCCUACAGUAAUUAUGCCUAAUAAUACCAACUUGGCUACUGGCUCGUCGUCGUCACCAGGCUCUUCGGCCGCCUCAAAUUUGGGACAUUCGUCUGCUACGCCACACAAGCCCAUGAUCUCAGUAGCGCCCGUAUCGAAGCUUAUGUCAAAGAAUGUAGGCAUGUUGACUUCGAUGCCGGUGCCAACAUCGAAUCGAGGCUCACCGAAGCACAACCGCAAGAAGCGUCCUUUGCGUUCCAGCAUAAGUGGCGGCGCAGGCUCUCACGCAGAUUUGUCUUCCGUCUGCGUGAAGGGAAGUCUCAAUGCAAUCGCGCGCGAUGCUGGCUCUUCAACUGCUUCUGUCGCAUCCGGUUUGCUGGGCAAAGCAAAAUCGUUGCUUGGUGCUACCUCGAACAACAACUUGCGCACAAGUCCUGGUGUACAUUUGCCGCCAGCUGGUGCUAGUGCGUCCAGCGCAAAACCGAGCGCGUCCGUCCUAAACCAAUUCGCGGGCUCCAGCGUGCAAGAUCUGCACAUGAGUGUGCCGCCCCUAUCGCCUAUGUUGGAGCAACAGACGCCACCGCAUCCAUUGCCUCCGCACGCGCUGAAUGCGAGCGGACAUGGGCCUACAACCAUACCACCGGCUUUCUUCGCAACACCACCCGGCCCGCAGCCACCGAACAGCGGCGGACCACAUCAGCAACUACCUCCUGGCGCUUUCCCACCGCAUCCGCCUGCGUUUCUGUCAAGCCCAGGGGCGCCAACUGCUCCUGGCAUGCUGCCGCGAUACCCAGGAACGGGUUGGUUUCCUGGAUUUCCUCCGCCUCCACAUAUUACACAUCCACCGCCUGAUUUGGUAGGUGGUUUGGGACUCGGCGCCCUACUGGGUGCACCGCCGCCGGUAACAGUCAUGGUGCCCUAUCCUAUAAUUAUACCGCUGCCCAUACCAAUACCAGUGCCACUACCAGUAGUNGACUUUUACAAGGCGUAUCUAUCGCCAGAGGAGCGCGCCAAACUGAAGCAAAAAGAGAAUAGUCAAGCCAAUGCAGCCGCAAAUGAGCCAUCGACUGCUGCGGUGACAGCGGACGAUAGCGAUUGUGAACCAAAAAUUGAAGUCACAGAAGAAACUGUGAACGAAGAACCUUUAGACUUCACCAAGACAAAGGAACUCGAAGGAGAUGAGCCCGAAAAACCAGGGUCCAGUCUUAAGCGCGCCUUAUCGGAGGAACACCUGACAGCGACUACGACGACAACGACUUCAUUAUCCCCAGUUACACCCACGACAAAUAUCACUGCGACCACCGCUGUUACGCCCUCUCCCGAGGACUCACCCUGCUCACCUACAAUCUCCGGUAAGGCAACGCACUGUAUCGUGCGCACAGAUGACACGGAAACCCCCAAACGCGAUUUAGGCAUGGAAAUGGAUGAUAUACCCGCCGCUGGGAGCGAAAUGGACGAUGCUAAGCAAAAAUUACCGAAGUUCAAAAUUACACGACUACAAACGAAGCGCACGCUCAUUCAAACCAAAGAAACACCUACCACGCCCACCACAGCUGUAGCCGAAUGUAGUCGACCACUGCGAAAACGAAAGCGAAUUAUCGAUUGUGAUUUCCAAAAAUUGGCUUUGAAGGAAGCCGCCGCGAUGGACGCCGAUGGCGCGGACUUAAACGAAGCGUUUAACGUGGACGCUGAGGCAAAGGCGGCAACAACAGCCAGUGUGGGAAGUACAGCGUGCACCAGCAAUACUAAAGCGCAAAGCAAAAAGUAGAAAGUAAGAAACUGAAUUUAGUUCUUAGUUCUUAAAAAUUUAUAGGUUAUAUUUUAGUUGUUUAUUAAACAAACAUAAAUAAAUAUUUUUUUUCAUAUUGUGAGUUCAAAGAAUAUUAUAUAUAUAUAUAUAUGUAAGACAAGGCGCAAUUAAAAGGUGAAGGAUAAAAACAAAGCUUUCUUGCUUUAUUUCUUAUUUCAAGUUUUCAAAUAAAGCAAUGCCAUUAUCUUUCUUCUCACUCUUACUACUUCACCUGGUGUAAUCCCACCAUGAUAUAUAAGUCUCGAAAAUAAAUUGUGUCAUAUGCCAUAGAUGGCAAAAAGCCGUUUAAAACUCAGUUAUGCCAAUAAUAGUAUAUAUUGUGCAUUAGAACAUUUAAUAUGUAUGUAAUGCAAACAAAAAUAAUUUUUAAGUUAGACUUUUAACUACAGCAUCGCUUUAAGUUAGCCUUAGAACUAAAAAAAUAAAAAAAACUUUUGUUGUUCAUAACCUCAUAAUUUAUUUAUUGGCGAGUGUGGUCAAAAAUUUAAUCAACAGAUUAAAAAAAAUAAAUAUUUUAAUACUUUUCUUUGAGCAUGAGAAAAAGAUGAAGAAAACAAAAAUAAAUAAA